UCGCAUUUGAAUCAGUACAGUCUUUCAAAUUUUUUCGAUACCAGAAGUGUACGUGCGUGUGAGUGUGUCGGUGCUUGUAUGUGUGUACGUCUUGAAGUGCGUUUUCAUUGAAUGGUGUGCAAAUCUCCCGUUUUUUCUCACUUUUUGAAUAAUUGCGUGCAUAAAAAAGCGUGUACAGCAUUGGAGUGCUGGCUAACUCUAAAUCAGUUCCAUUGUUCAAAGUGUGUUCAUUAGACGCUAAAUUUUCGUGCCGAUAUAAUCUCUAUCCAGUAGCUUGUUUGCUAGCGUGAAGAAAAAAACAACAGCAUUUAAACCGAUUAUUUUCCGUUUGAACUGAAUCGCAACGAAAGGUUCUCAAUUCAAAGAAAAGAUAAAAAAAGAAGUUAUUACUGUGUUAUUCGAUUUUUUGUUGCAUCACUUUGUGUAGAAGAAGCCAUCAAACAAAAUGCGAUUUGUUAUCGUAGCCAUUUCAUUUUUGAUAUCAGUGUACUGUGUACCGUAUUAUCAACAGCCGAUUUUCGCGCCCGUGGUUCAACUCAACAAUGGUAAUACGAUGCCGAUCGUUGGCCUCGGAACAUAUUCCUCUUUAGGCGGACAAUGCGAACAGGCAGUGAAAGAUGCGAUCGAUGUCGGAUAUCGACAUAUUGAUACGGCAUAUCUCUAUGGAAAUGAAAAAGAAGUGGGAAAUGCAGUACGAGCGAAAAUUGCAGAAGGUGUAAUCCGUCGUGAGGACAUUUUCAUCACAACAAAACUGUGGAACACUUUCCAUGAGCCCGAUCAGGUGCCGUUUGCUUUCCAGAAAUCGCUUGAUAAUUUGGGAUUGGGCUACAUCGAUUUGUUUUUAAUGCAUUCGCCGGAAUCGUAUCAUCGCAUAGCUAAAGCCGGUUUAACCCAUGCUCCACAAUCCAUCGAAGAUAUCGAACUCUUUCCAAAGGAUGCUAGCGGCCGAGUGCUGACGUCCAACGUUGAUUUUAUCGACACUUGGAAGGCGAUGGAACAACUGAUGAGUUCGGGCCUUGUUCGAAGUAUCGGCGUAUCAAACUUUGAAAUUCCACAAAUUCAACGACUCGAAUCGGUUGCUCAAAUCAAACCAGUUGUCAAUCAAAUUGAGUGUCAUCCAAAUAAAAACCAGCGUCCAACCAUCGAUUAUUGCUCAUCCCGUGGCAUUGCAGUCACAGCAUACUCUCCUCUUGGUAAGCCCCACGAGGCCCAUGGCAAACAAAUCGCUAUAAAAGAUCCGAAUGUUCAAAUUAUUGCCGCACGGUACAACAAACAACCAGCCCAAGUCAUUUUGCGCUAUACGGUCCAGAACGGCGCUUUAGUGAUACCCAAAUCGACGCACAAAGAACGGAUCGCCGCCAAUAUUGACAUUUUCGAUUUCGAACUAGAUGCCCACGAAAUGGAAUACCUGAACUCACUGAAUGGCCAGUAAAAUAAUGCGCUUUAUUAUUAUUUUUUAUUCCUUUAUUUCUUCGUCGCCGCGAAAUGUCUUUUGUGUGAAAAAAACCAGCAAAAUGUGAAACAGAAAAAAAACUCACGUAAAAUUAAACGAUACGAAACUUAAUUAACGCUGUUGCUCUUGCUUUGGCUGCUAUACAAUAUAGCAACGAUGCUAACCGAUUCCAAGCCAAUAUUAUUAUUAUUAUUAGUUGGUUUUCAUUUUACAAAAAUAUAAAUCGUUCGUAGCUUUUAGAUUCUUUGUUUGCUAGAAACCGGUUUCCUUUUCCAUUGUAUCUUCGAACUUCAUCUCUCUCUCUCUGUGUGUGUGUGUCUUCUUUUUUGCUGUUGUUCGUUUAAAAUAAAAAAUUUAUGCAAAUUUACUUGCAAUAAUCAUAA